AUGCGCUUAACACGCCCUUCAGUCUUUGCAGACUGCCCCUCCAUAUCCUUCCAGCGCCUCUACUCUUCAUCUCGCAUCAUCCGACAGAACGACGUUCUGUUUCUGCGCCAGAAGGGCACCAAGGGUCCAAAAUGGCAUCUCACGUCCCCUCUUCGUCCUGAUGCUCGUAUACGUCUUGGAUAUGGCGCUUCUAUCAACGCUUCCAAUCUCAUCGGUCGUCGUAUACUUGAUAGUGUAGUUGACAGCUCCGACCGUAAGGUUGAUAUACUUGAACCGACUCUGGGCUCCUACAUCCUCAACAGCGAACGAAUGGCUACACCAAUUUACCCCCAUCAUGCAAACUUCAUCGUAUCGCUACUCGACCUGAACCUUUCUCAACCCAACGAAGAAGAUUACGAUCCAGAGACAAACGAACCUCUUCAACCGAUGGAAAUAUUCGAGGCUGGCACAGGAAUGGGAAGUUUGACGCUGCACUUAGCUCGUGCCCUUACCGCAGCCAACCCAGCCGUACCCUCUAUGCUGCGCGAUGGUCUCUGCUCUGCUCGCUACAAGCCCGAAGGCCGUGGCCUCGACCUCUCCGAAGAAGUUCAGACUGCCUAUAAUUCUUACCGCUCCAGUCGCCGCGCCGUGCUCCAUACUCUCGAUCAGAAUACCAGACAUUCACGUGCUGCAAACCAGCUAGUGCGACGAUAUCGCCGCUCUAUCUAUUAUCCUACGGUGGACUUCCAUACCGGCUCUAUCAGCGACUAUAUUUCGCCUCGCCUUACUGAGACAGAUGGACAGCCUAUCUUUUCCCAUGCGAUUCUUGACCUCCCUUCAGUCGAGGACUACGCAGAACCAGUAAUUCAAGCUCUACAUCCUAACGGUCUGCUUGUUGUCUUUGCGCCUUCCAUUAGUCAAAUCGCUAGAUUUCAAGCAUGGGCAUCGCAAACGAAACAGCCUGUGCGACAGGAAAGAGUGAUUGAGCUCGACGUAUCCACAACAGCGGAUGGUGUGCUCGAUACUGGUGGUGGUAGAGAGUGGGAUGUCAAGCAGGUUACUCCAAAGAACGACCCUAACGCGGCUCCUGUUCAGGUGAUGCGACCCAAGGUCGGUGAUCGUAUCUCUGGUGGCGGAUUUGUGGGUGUUUACAGACGAUGGCCCAUCAAACAGACAAUGACCCAAGUUGAAUCUGUUGGCGAGGUUGUUUCUGAUGCUGAGGCGCCGUCCGAGCCUACUCUGGAAGAGAGUGUUUCCAAUGCUGAGGAAACAUCCGAGUCCGUUCAAGAGGAGAGUUCUUCUAAUGUUCAAGAAAGCACCGAGGCUAGUAGCGACGAGGCCGAGAUCAAGCCUUCAACGAGCGUAUAUGUGAACAAUACUUAA